CGCGGGCCGUAUCUUUCUUUCCCUUAGGGGGUUUACUAUAAGCAAGAAGCCCAGACCAACGAGCCCAUCACUAUGCUCUAACCCUUUGGAAAGAAAGUUGUUCCCCACCUUAUCCACCUCCCUCCCCCAAACAAACAGCAUAUGCUCCUCUGACCUCUACAAUGGAUCCUCUUCAAUUCUCCACCACCCAGAAGCUCACCACCAUCCUCACCCCCGGCAGCACAGGCAAAAACCUCCAUUGAAAGGAGCAACAUAUAACUCCAAUUUCUCCAGGUCCCCAUUCCAUGGCGUCCGCGGCCACAAGACCCACCUUCACCUUCCACCUCACGACAUCACGUUCCCACUCAAAACCCACAACCAAAUGCCAUUUCCCCAAACUAAGACCACCGUCCAUUUCCCUCCACAAGCCUUCCCAUUUCGCCAUCUCCUCCAUUUAUGUCUCCAAGGAAGACAAGCCGCCGACCUCUGAACCCGCCUCCCAGGCCAGCGAACCAGUGGCCGAGCUAUCAUCAGAAACGGAGGCCGGGCAGCAAUUCGAUUUCGACCAGCGGAGGCUGGAGGAGAAGUUUGCAGUGCUGAACACGGGGAUCUACGAGUGCAGGUCGUGCGGGUACAAGUUCGACGAGGCGGUCGGCGACCCGUCGUACCCGGUUCCACCGGGCUUGCCGUUCGAGCAGCUCCCGCCGGACUGGAGGUGCCCGACCUGCGGAGCUGCCCGGAGCUUCUUCCAGAGCAAGAGCGUGGAGAUCGCCGGGUUUGCCGAGAACCAGCAGUAUGGGCUGGGAGGGAACGCGCUCACUUCUGGGCAGAAGGCCAUUUUGAUAUACGGGAGUUUGCUGCUCUUCUUUGCUCUCUUCUUGGGCGGCUACUUCCUGCAAUGAUAGUGCUAUGUAUUAAUGGCGGCAUCUCAACUGUUCGUUUUUGGGCUUCUUAAUCAUCAUGGCAACUGCCUGUUUGCUUCUAUUAUUAUACCAUAUAUGUGUCCGCCUUUCAUUGAGCAUUGUAUAGAAUACACGGUUUGGUGUACUACUAUCGCAGGAUUCUUCUAGCUAGCUUCAUUUUUCUGAUUUAGCAAUGGAAAUGGGAGGACAUAGAGAAUAUACCAGAAUGCCAAUCAAUUCAGCGCUAGAGUUGAAUCUCCUCGACGUGAAUCUCAUAGAAAAUCCCUUCGGACGAUGAUUGGAUGACCUUCACAAUCAAGUCGAACCACACGC